CACCUUCUCCAGUCAGUAGUGUGAAAAAAGGGAAGAUAACUAAAAAUAGCAUCUCCCUUUCCUGGCAGGAGCCAGAUCGACCCAACGGCAUCAUCCUGGAAUACGAAAUCAAAUAUUUUGAAAAGGACCAGGAGACAAGCUACACCAUCAUCAAAUCCAAAGAGACGACGAUUACGGCAGAUGGCUUGAAACCAGGCUCGGCGUACGUCUUCCAGAUCCGAGCCCGGACAGCUGCCGGCUACGGUGGCUUCAGCCGAAGAUUUGAGUUUGAAACCAGCCCAGUGUCAGUAGCUGCAUCCAGCGACCAGAGCCAGAUUCCUAUAAUUGUUGUGUCUGUAACAGUGGGAGUCAUUCUGCUGGCUGUUGUUAUCGGUUUCCUUCUCAGCGGAAGUUGCUGCGAUCAUGGCUGUGGGUGGGCUUCUUCUCUGCGUGCUGUUGCCUAUCCGAGCCUAACAUGGCGAUGUGGCUAUAGCAAGGCUAAGCAAGAUCCAGAAGAAGAAAAGAUGCAUUUUCAUAAUGGCCACAUUAAGCUGCCUGGAGUAAGGACCUACAUUGACCCCCACACCUAUGAGGACCCUAAUCAAGCCGUCCACGAGUUUGCUAAGGAAAUUGAAGCUUCGUGCAUAACCAUUGAAAGAGUUAUCGGGGCUGGUGAAUUUGGGGAAGUCUGCAGUGGGCGGCUGAAGCUGCAGGGAAAGCGUGAGUUUCCAGUGGCUAUCAAAACCCUGAAGGUGGGCUACACAGAGAAACAGAGGAGAGAUUUCUUGGGAGAAGCAAGCAUCAUGGGGCAGUUCGACCACCCCAACAUCAUCCACCUUGAAGGCGUUGUCACAAAAAGCAAACCAGUAAUGAUAGUGACUGAAUACAUGGAGAACGGUUCUCUGGAUACAUUUUUAAAGAAGAACGAUGGGCAGUUCACGGUCAUUCAGCUGGUCGGGAUGCUGCGAGGCAUCGCGUCAGGAAUGAAGUACCUGUCUGACAUGGGUUAUGUACACAGAGAUCUGGCCGCCAGGAAUAUCCUAAUCAACAGCAACUUAGUCUGCAAGGUGUCAGACUUCGGCCUCUCCAGAGUCCUAGAAGAUGACCCUGAAGCAGCUUAUACAACCAGGGGGGGGAAGAUCCCCAUCCGAUGGACAGCACCCGAAGCAAUCGCCUUCCGCAAAUUCACAUCGGCCAGCGAUGUCUGGAGCUACGGCAUUGUGAUGUGGGAGGUGAUGUCCUACGGCGAGAGGCCUUACUGGGAAAUGACAAACCAAGAUGUGAUUAAAGCCGUGGAGGAAGGCUAUCGUCUGCCAAGUCCCAUGGACUGCCCUGCUGCUCUCUACCAGCUAAUGCUUGACUGCUGGCAGAAAGACCGCAACAGCAGGCCCAAGUUUGACGAAAUUGUCAGCAUGCUGGACAAGCUCAUCCGCAACCCAAGCAGCUUGAAGACGUUGGUUAAUGCAUCAAGCAGAGUAUCAAAUCUGUUGGUAGAGCACAGUCCAGUCGGAAGCGGUGCCUACAGGUCGGUGGGUGAGUGGCUGGAAGCCAUCAAAAUGGGCCGAUACACGGAGAUCUUCAUGGAGAAUGGAUACAGUUCAAUGGAUGCUGUGGCUCAGGUGACCCUAGAGGAUUUGAGGCGGCUGGGAGUGACACUUGUUGGUCACCAGAAGAAGAUAAUGAACAGCCUUCAAGAGAUGAAGGUCCAGUUGGUGAAUGGGAUGGUGCCGUUGUAACUCAGUUUUAAAGUCGCUUCCUCAAGUGGGUCGGUCCUGCACUUUGUACGCUAGCCCUGAGAUUUAUUUUGACUAAAAAAAAAAAAAAAAAAAAAAAGAAAAGAUAAAAAGGGAAAUUCAGUGGUUUCUAUAUAACUGAAGGACGUUGGCCUCUGCCACAGUGUUUCUAAAGCAGUGUUUGACUAAAGUUUUCCUUUUCUUCCUAUUUGUGUCCUCAUUUUCAUGAAGUAAAUGUAAGAUGCAUGGAACAUGGAAAUGAAUCUGCUGUACGUGAGGUUAACCCGUCUCUUAAGCUUCAGCAACAACGACAACAAGCCUUCCCACCACACGUUGUCUGUACAUGGGAGAUAUAUAUAGGUAUAUAUAUAGCACCUUUAUAUACUGAAUUACAGCAGCACACGGUAAUACUUCCAAGGACUUGAAUGGAGGAGUUUUGUAGCUGUUCGUGGGCUCCCAAAAGCUGCGGUUUACUGAAGUUUAACUUCGAGUAUUACUUGUCUACAGAAGUGUAUUGAAGAGCAAUAUGAUUAGAUUAUUUCUCAAUAGAUAUUUUGUUUUGUAAAUUAAAAGAAAAGAAAAAAAAUGCUGUUACACAGCAUUAAGUUAUAGAGACUAGUGUAUAAACAUGUUGCUUGCUCCAUGGCAAAUACAAUACAGGGUGUAUAUUUUUUUUUCCUCCCUCUGUGUUGCCAAGUUCUUUUUAUUUGCUCUUCUGGGAGGAUAAUAGAUGACGAAGAUGUAUAUACUGUACAGUUUGCUACGCAUCAGGUACAAGAUUGGGGUUCUUGGUUUGUUCUUUUUCCCCCCUCCUCUUUCACUUUGUUUUGUCUCCCUUUUGUGUUACCGCUAUGCUUUGUAUUUUUGCUGCUGUUUGAUUUCAGCAACAUAUAAAGCCUUCAGGAGUUUUGAUUACGUAUAUGAGGUAGAAGGAGUCUGCUUAAAUAAAAGAUG